GCGAGUAAUCUGUAUGAGUGCUCGAGACAAACAUGUCGGACAAAUUACAAUUUGUUAAGCGUGUGGUAAAAUAUUUUCUUAUGGUCACUUAUUUCUCCGAGAUCAUUUUCUCUAUGCUGAGUAUGAUUACCGGUUUAGUACACUAUCAUUACGGCCACACAUUGGUUGACACAACAUCUGAGCAUAACUUACAGACUGUCAAAGACUUGGCCGAGACUUACGAGACGGUCGAGAAAUUAGGUCCAGUAUUAUACGUUAUAAUAAGCGUAGCGGUUAUGUCAGUGAUGGUCUAUUUUGUGGUGGUCACUUACUACGAGUGGCCCAAACAAAGCAUCGUGGUCGCUGUCCUAUUAAUACUGCUCAUGGUCGCAUAUUUAAUGAUCGGGGACAUUGACGCGCGCACUGCUAUUGGGAUCCUAUUGCCAGCCAUUAUGGCCCUCAUAUACGCCUAUCUCAUUGACCGGGAAUUGAAAUCUAGACAAAACUGUUUGCAAACAGCCGGGUAUACCAGGGAUGGUGGCAGUGAUGUUACACUAGAGUUAUGUUUGCCACAUCAUAUUAAUGAUGAUGGUUUACCUCCUUAUAGCAGUCAAAAUCUGGCAUAA